AUGCCGCCUUCAAGUUCCGAAGUAGAUAAAUUAAAAAAGGCCAAAACCUUGCGAAAUACGGAAAUAAAUCGUAUUCGUGACACUUGGCAAAUUGCUUCUGAAGCUCAAAAGGAUACCAAUAUACAACCUGAAUUUAUUCAAAGAUAUCGCACAAUUGAUACAAUUAGUGACGCAUUUGCUAAGCAACAUAAUAUAAUUUGUUCCCUUCUUGAAUCGGAUGAGGAAUUCGCAGUUGAGGAUGAAAUACGCAAAGAAUUUGAAAGUUUAUCAGUGCGUCCACAAAUAAUUGAUAUAUUUGGUCUCGGUACCAUGAAAACGCGAAGUGAUAGUGGUAUUGUACAAGGCGUAAUUGUACCUUUAAAUUCAGAGUCCCCUCAGCUAAUUAUAGAAGCUCUUGUUUUGGAUCAAGUCUGUACAUCGAAUAUGCCGGUUCAGUACAGUAAUAUAAUUCAAGAAUAUAUUGACAAUGGACAUUUAGAGUUAGCUGAUCAGACUAUCGAUAAUAAUGAAUAUUUUAUACCGCACCAUUGCGUUUUUAAUCCACACUCUGUAACAAGUCCAAUUCGCAUAGUUUUUGACGCGUCCUGUAAGGAUUCUAAUCAUAUAUCUCUUAAUGAUUGUCUUCUGAAAGGACCUAAAUUACAAAAGGACAUUUCCGCUAUUUUAUUAAAUUUUCGCUUAUACGCUAUCGCAAUAACUGCUGAUAUUAAAGCUAUGUAUCGCCAGAUCCAACUAAAUCCUAAAUUUUAUAAAUUCCAAAAAAUAUUUUGGCGCUUUUCCAGUGAGGAACCCGUACAAGAAUAUGUACUUAAAACUGUAACAUUCGGAGUUAACUCAUCACCCUUUCUUGCGUUACGUACUAUUAAUCAAUUAGCAAAUGACGAAAAGGAAUUAUUUCCUCACGCUUCAAAAAUUCUUCUUUCUGAUAAUAUUUUUGUGGAUGAUAUUUGUACAGGGUGUAACACAGUGCAAGAAGCUACUAAUCUUCAAUAUGAAUUAUCAAAUUUAUUGUUAAAAGGUGGAUUUGAAUUAAGAAAAUGGUCUAGCAAUAAUAAUGAUUUUUUAAAGACUAUUCCUGAACAUCUUUUACUUAAGAAUUGCAUAAAUUUUGAUUUAGAUUCUGCGUUAACUGUAAAAAUUUUAGGACUUAAAUGGAAUCCAACUGAAGAUAGUUUUUCUUAUUCUGUUACGUCAUUUAAUGUAACUUGUACUAAACGUAAUAUGCUAUCAGAACUCGCUCGCAUAUAUGACCCUCUUGGUUUCUUAACCCCUGUUACGCUACUUUCAAAACUAUUAAUUCAAAACCUUUGGUCGCUUAAAUUAAAUUGGGAUGAUGUACCUCCGCCGCAAAUAAUUAAACGCUGGGAAUUAUAUAAAUCUCAGUUACCAGAUUUGCUUAAAGUUCGCAUACCUCGUUAUCUUUUUUCUAAUAGUUUCGAAUUUAUUGAAUUAUGCGGAUUUUGUGAUGGUUCUCAAGACGCUUAUGCCGCCUGUAUUUACGUGCGUCUUGUGUCACAAUUUAAUAUAACUACAUCGCUGUUAUGUGCUAAAUCAAAAGUCGCUCCGCUAAAACGCAUUUCCAUACCUAGGGUUGAACUUUGCGCUGCGUUACUUCUUACGCGUUUAUUUUCAUUUGUUCUUAAGACUUAUUCGUCAAAAAUUAUAUUCAAAAAUAUUUACGGUUUUACCGAUUCUACUAUUGUAUUACAAUGGCUUCAGUCCUCGCCACAUCGUUUUAAACCCUUUGUCGCUAAUCGAAUUGCCGUAAUACAAGAAGAAUUACCCAAUGUACAUUGGUUACAUGUAUCUUCGAGUAAUAACGCCGCCGAUCCUGCAAGCAGAGGUAUUUUUCCUUCUGACUUUGUCCAGUGUUCUACCUGGUGGACAGGACCCGAUUUUCUUAAAAAACCUCAAAGCCAAUGGCCUCUAAAUCUUUUUCCUCUUACGCCUGAUUUAAAUCAAAACGACGAG